UGUAUUAAUUUAUUACUAACCUAUCUUUUCAUGUUUUGUAUGGGGAUAUUCUCCUAGACAUUCAUUCAUAUUCAAUGCAUAGGAAUAAAAUGACACUUUUACCUUUUUUAUAUUAUUAUCAUGUUUUAGGUACAAAAUUUCCAGGUGAUUAAUCUCCACUAUCCAUGAAGCACAUACUAAAGUAUAUUUUCCACUCUAACCUAAUAAGCCGUGAGGAAAAAAUAACACCACCACUCCAAAAAAACCUCCAUCGAAACCCACCACCACAACACCAAGAUCACACAGAGACCUUCGGAUUCGCGCCGAACCACCACAUCCACCGAAAAACAACGACCCAAAAAAGAGCCCAACAACACCAGGAUCCGAACUAGAAGGGCCCAGAUCCGCAGCAACCACCUUCGUUUUCCGGCGCAGAGAGGAACAGAAACACGAGAAACAAAAAGCUCGGUGAUCGACGGCGGUUGAGUGAAAGGGCGUUGGGGAACGUGGUGGUGUGGAGAAUCCCUCAAAAACCUUAACUUGUCAUCAUUUUCUUGACUUAACCUAACCUUAACGUGGUGGUGUGGAGAAUCCCUCAAAGACACAGAAUCUCUCUCAAACAAUUUGUUGGCAGGCAAAGAAAAGAAAACAACAACAAUGUCAUCGUCCAGUCAACCAAAUAGAAGAAGAAAAACAUCAGUUGCUGCUGCUGAUUUAUAUUUUCCUGUUGACUGUUGGGAAUGUAUCAUCACUUUCCUCAAAGAUGAUAAUCGCUGUUUGGAAUCUCUCUCCCUCGUCUCCAAAGAGCUUCACACUAUCACCAACAGUCUCCGAUUCUCUCUCACAAUCUGUGAUCAAACCAUCCCUUUUCUUCCUUUUCUCUACCGCAGGUUCACCAACCUCACCUCCCUCAACCUCUCGCGCUUAAGCAGUAGCCUCAGUAACCUCAACAGGCUUCUCCGCCAAAUCUCUCGUUUCCGAUUGAAACUAACAUCACUCAAUCUAUCAAAUCAAGAAGGUAUUCCCACAAAUGGGUUGCUAGCUUUUUCCAAAAAGAUUACAACUCUGACCUCUCUCAUUUGUUCCCAUAUGAGAUGUAUCUAUCGCACUGAAAUUUUCCUCAUUGCCAAUUGUUUCCCUUUACUCGAAGUCCUUGACAUCAGUGACCCAGUGUCCUUCAAAGAUAAUCAGGAGGUAGAGAAUCUUUCAUUCACACUUUUUAAACUCCGCAAGGUUAAUCUCUCUGGUCUGGAUGGCAUUGCCAAAUUGCUUUUCCACUUGUCCAAAAAUUGUCCGCUUCUCGAAGAAGUCAUCCUGUUGAGAUAUUAUGACUUAGCCUUUGAUGGUGGUGGUGUUGCUUCUGCUCUCUGCGAGGCACCAAGAUUGACGUCUUUAUCCUUUUCCACUGGUUUCGGACUGGCAUACGGUGAAUCUUACAUUACUUCACAAUUCAUUGCCUCCAUAGUGAGUUUGAAGUAUUUGACUUCUCUUGAUUUGUUAUGUUCAAAGAUUUCCGAUGAAUUGCUCUCCUCUAUUGCAAACGAAGGUCUACCUUUGAUGAGACUUGUUCUCCAAAAUUGCGCCCGCUAUAGUUAUUCUGGAAUCUUUGAUUUGUUAUCCAAGUGUCGACAUAUUCGACAUUUGGAUCUUCAAGGUGCUGUUUUUCUGACCGAUAAACAUGUUGUGGAUCUGUCUUUGUUUCUGGGUGAUUUGGUAUAUAUAAACUUGACUCGUUGUUCGUUACUCACAAUAUCAGCCUUCUUUGCACUCAUUAAUAGUUGUCCUUCACUUAGUGAUAUCAAAAUGGAAUACACUGGGAAAAAUAGUCUAGAGAAUUCCGAAUCUUUGAUGGAUUUUACUCGCCCUCAAUUAAAGUAUCUCCGUUUGGCUGGCAAUCCAUGGUUAACAGAUGAAAACAUCACAAUGCUUGCUUCGAUUUCCCCCAAUUUACAGUUGCUCGAUUUGACCAAUUGCCCGUGCAUAGAAGAAGGUAUUUCUCAAGUUUUAAGGAUGUGUUGUAACAUUCGACGUUUGAACUUAUCCUACUGUUCAAAAGUAAAGCUACUUGAAAUGAACUUUGAAGUUCCCAAAUUGGAGGUGUUGAACUUGUCAUAUACAAAUGUUGAUAAUGAAACACUUUAUGUGAUCUCAACGAGUUGCCGUGGGCUUUUGCAACUAUCACUGGAAGGCUGUACUAAAGUCACAGAAAUGGGAUUGAAGCAAAUGCUAGAAAACUUCAGGGCAACUCAGAUUGAAGCAUGUGUCUCGAUCGUAUUUUGAAGUCCAUCAUUGAGAAAGAAAACAAGUUGUUUUGUUCUUCAUGGAUGUAUGGUUUGCUAGCAUUAUUAUUAUUUAUUAAAGUGUUAUCCUGUUGUUUUUAUUUUCAGAUUUACUUCUCUAUGAAUCAACUUAUGUUAUUUCGUUUUACCUGCUUAAUAGCAUUGUUUGCUGUGUUCUUAAUCUUAUAUGACUUCCUAAAAUCUGGAAUUUAACUAUCAGCAAUUACAUAGUCUGGCUUUAGUUUCAGUGGAUUUGAGAUAAUAAGAAACUUCCCUUUUUAUAUUGUUGUUAAUUGAGUAGAACUUAUGCCUUUAGUUCUUAUUACAUUAUUGGUUUUUAGUUUGACCCUCAAACUUUGAGAGCACUAAGAAUCUUGUAGAUUUUCUACAUUAUUGGUUUUUAUAUUGUUCGAUACUGUUCAUUAGGUAUGUUAUUUGUAGAUUUUCUAGUAAUUUUCAAACACACUGCAUUUGUCAUGUGAUGCCAACAAUACUGCAGCUGCAUCAAUUGAUUUUAUUAGUCCACAACGUAAAAAUACAGGUUAUGCAUUAGGGAAGGGAGGAGACACAAGUUAUUUGGAAAUGUUAUUACAAACUUUUCUCUAUGUUUUGUAUACCAAUAUAAAGGUUGCAACACUGUUUAUCUUGUUAUGGAAGCUUGAAACCAAAAUGUUAUGUUUGUUAGUUACUGUCAUAUGUAUCAUUAUAAGUGCUACUCAUUGUAACGAUGGUUUCGUCGUAUAUUGGAUGUAAAUGUUGUGUGUGUUGGAUCAAUAUAGAAAAAACUUUGGCAGCAGUGUGCGUCAAAUGAGAAGCUACUAUUAGAAGCUUCUUCAUGAUAAGAA